GAGCUACAGUCAGAGACUGCCUGAGCUCCAUCAAGCGCCCGUCUCAGAGUGAAGCCACAGGGCCAUGGCGAGUGUGGCUCCCAGUGGUAGCGAGGCUCCAGGGGAGUUGACCUGCCCCAUCUGCCUGGACACCUCCCGCUGCCCCUGCACGCUCAGCUGUGGCCACUCGUUCUGCCUCGAGUGCGUGGAGGGCGCCUGGAAUGCGGCAGAGUCCUUCUCCUGCCCGCAGUGCCGAGUGACCUUCCCUCAGAGGCCCAAGCUGAGCAAGAACUUCACUCUCGCCAACCUGGUGGAGCAGCGUAGUGCUGCAGAGAAAAUGGCCACAGUGGUCUUGUGUGACUUCUGUAACGAUGGCACGACCUCUGCCUCCAAGACCUGCCUCAGUUGUGAUAUGUCCUACUGUGUGACUCAUGUAAAGCCUCAUCAGGAGAACCCGAAGUUCAGGGACCACAUUCUGGUGGAUCCAGUCACAAAUCCUGAAGAACGCAAGUGCAAGACGCACAGAGAUGAGAUUAAGUUUUACUGCCGACAGGACGAAAGCUUGGUCUGCACAACCUGCACCAUCGCAGGAGACCACAAACGUCACAAUGUGGCUACGCUGGAGGAUGAGCACAAGAAACGGGAGAAACAAAUUGGAGAGGAGACGCGGGUGGUGGAGGAGAAGAAGAGGGAGGCGGAGGAGUCCGUGAGGCGGAUGGAGGCCGCUCGCAGGGACGUGCAGGGAUCCAUGGCAGAUGAAAAGGCCUCAAUCUCGGUCAGAUUCGCACACGCGAGAGCAGCGUUGGAUGCGGAGGAGAAGGCGGCUUUAGAGCAAGCGGAGAAGAAAUGGCGCAAGCUGCUGUCCCUGAUCGAGAAGAAGAUCGCUCACGACCAGCGCGAGAUCAGCGAGCUCCAGGCAGCAGCCACUCGCCUGCAGGCCCUAGCGCAGGAGAGGGACUCGCUCACGUUCCUGCAGGGGCACCUGGAGGAGAAGCGCAGGAAAAAGACGACUAUCACUCACGACUCGACACAGGACAACAUGGGACUGAGUGUGGGGACAGGGAGAGCUACAGCAGCUCCACCCUCAACUCCUAGUCAAGAGGACAUUGCCUCGCUUAAAGGCACCGAGGGAACUGUGGCCAAACUCCUGUAUGGACGCUCACCGACUCUGGACACAGACUCAGCUCAUAAAAAACUCCAGAUCUCCUCGGAUCUCAGGACGAUGACGCUGACCGGUUCCUCCCAGUGUCGCCCCGAUCACCCACACCGGUUUAAUAGCUGUCCACAAGCCCUGUGCCGUGAGAGCUUCUCGUCGGGCCACCACUACUGGGAGGUGGACGUGGAGGACGCGCGGAUGUGGCGGGUUGGAGUCGCGUACGGGACGAUCCCACGGAAAAUGAGUGGUGGUGCUCCACAUCUGCUGGGAGACAGCGACACGUCCUGGUGUUUAGAGAAAAGUGACAACUUAUUUUCCAACAAAUUCUCAGUGUUUCAUGGUGGAGUGAAGACCUCACUGUCGGUGAGGGGUGCCCCCUCCCCCAGCAGAAUCGGGCUUCACCUGCACUGGGAGGGGGGGCUCCUGGUGUUUUACCGCGCCGACUCCAUGGAGGUGAUCCACGAGGUUCGGCAGAGAUUCUCGCAGCCUCUCUACCCUGGGAUGUGGGUGCAGAGUUGUAAUGAACCAUUGAAGAUCGUGGAUCUGCAUCCUGAGGAUGAGGAGAGAUAG